ACGUCUGUCACCAGUGGGCAGCAGAGCUUCGGUCGCUUUGUGCUGAAUCCACCACGGGGAUGAAGGGAAAAUGGCAACUCUGCAGCUCCUGGCAACCACAAAGCCUUAUUUUUUCGGAGAGACAACUACACGCAUCGAUCCAAUAUGGAAUUAACGAGGUCCGGAAAUAGGAAUAGCGAUCGGAUUGCGAACCGAUUAAAAAAGCAAAGGGAAAACCUCGGAAUUUGUGUGUAGCAUUUCCCGUGCCGCUUUUCAGCAUCAGCAACAGACUGAUCUUGGAUUCCCUGACUGUCAUAAUUGUGUAUAGCCCCCCACCCCCCAAAAGAAACAUCGGCAUAUUAUCAAUAUUAUUCCUAUCUCAAAUCAUUUCAUUGUUACGGUUUCAAUAAGGCCCUGAAGAGGCUGUGCCGGAGCAAAUAAAAUCUGCACAGCCAUAAUUUCUUCAUUCAAUUGCUUCGCCGGAGAAGAAAAAAUGAGGUAGUGACUAACAGGGCCCAGCACAGGCAAGCAGACAUCUCUACAAAAGACAUUGAGCAGAGCAUUUGCCAGGCCCGGGCCUCAGUGAUGGUGUACGAUGACACCAGCAAGAAGUGGGUCCCCAUCAAGCCGGGCCAGCAGGGCUUCAGCCGCAUCAACAUCUACCACAACACCGUCAACAACACCUUCCGUGUGGUGGGAGUCAAACUGCAGGACCAGCAGGUGGUCAUUAACUACUCCAUUGUGAAAGGCCUGAAGUACAACCAGGCCACACCCACCUUCCACCAGUGGCGUGAUGCAAGGCAGGUGUAUGGACUCAACUUCGCCAGUAAAGAAGAGGCCAUCACUUUCUCCAACGCCAUGUUGUUCGCCCUCAAUGUGCUGAGCUCCCAAGACGGAGGUCCACCUGUGCAGCGCCAGAACGGGCCCACUACAGAUGAUGUGGAAGCACAGAGACGGCAGGUGAUGGAGCAGCAGAUGCAGACACAGGUGGAGAAGGAGCGAAGGCCAUCCAACUCAGGUCCCUCUGGCCUACCUGGACACACCGCGGUGCUCUCUGUGGCACCUCCUCUCUGUUUCCCUGCUGCGAUGCCGGCCCCCAUGUGUAUGGGGGGAGGGGCGCUCCCCCCACCUCCGCCCGGCCCACCUCCGUUUUCUUCGGGACCCCCGCCGCCUCCCCCUCCAUUGCCGGCAGGUGGAGGGUUCGGGAGACAGGCCGAACAGGCUCAGGCCCCUUCGGGGCUGGCUGCUGCGAUCGCCGGAGCCAAACUGCGCAGGGUGCACAGACCUGAAGAGAGUUCAUCAGCGGCCAGCGCCAAGAACGAUGCCAACCGAACCAGCGGGGGGCUGAUGGAGGAGAUGAAUGCCCUGUUGGCGAGAAGGCGGAAAGCAACAGAGAAAGAGGAAGAAAGCGCAAAUGAGGACCCCCUCUUGCGUGGGCCAGGACAGCACAAUGCCACAGAUCCUGUGAAAAGGCCAUGGGAUCGAGCCAAUUCUGCAGACAGAGCAAGGGUGAGGCCAAUCGGGAGCAGCAGUGACACAGAUGCCUUAGAUUUUGACAGAAUGAAGCAGGAAAUCUUGGAAGAGGUGGUACGUGAACUACACAAGGUGAAGGAUGAGAUCAUUGUUGCCAUUAGACAAGAACUGAGUAGAAUCAGCACAUCUUAAGUGUUCUACACCACAGAGACAGCAGGAAGUACUGGGAUUCUGACAGGGGGAAGGGGCCCAGCUAACACCUAACAGUAAUGUUUCCUCAAUGUUUCUUAGCAGUGUGGUAAUGCAAUGACCUCAUUGAAACGUUAUAAUAUCUGUGUGUUAGCUAGGUGGGGAGGGAGAUGGAGAAGAGGGUGGAGGGAUGGAGUGACUGAAGAUAGAGAAUUCUGUUCAUUUUUUCUCUUUCCUUUGCUAGAGACUGGCCCCUGUGUACACACUGCUGAAAAGUCUUAAAUACAGUUUUUAUUAUUUUCUAGUUUUUUUUUUUAACCUUGUAUAAUUUAUUUUUAAGCAAGUGUUGCACAUCAUUUUGUCUGCCUUUUAUAUUUUAUAUUGGUCAUUUAUUUACCUUUGGGUGUAUAAAUUACAGUUGUAAGCACAUGGUUUCUUUUAAUGUUACUUGACCUCAGAAUCAUUUUUAAGAGUUUUUUUUAUUGUUUUGCCAAAACACUGGAAGUUUGAACCUGGGCUAGUGGAAGAAUAACUUCUGCAACUUUAUAAAAAAGGUGGAUACAGCAGAGUAUUUGUGAUCAUGUUGUUAAUAAAAUGUCUAUUGGGUGCAAGGAUAUGGUGAUGUACUGUCUGGUCUUUUUCCCUUUUUUGACAAAGUGCUUCCUGUUUAAACAAAGACAGAAAGAUAUGAAUGAAAUCCAAAAAGUUUUAAAUUCAUUCAAAUAAAACUGUGAACGAUG